UUAUUGGAACAGCAACACAGCGUUCGUAGAAAAAUACAAGAAACCUUUUGAUGUCCAUUACUGGCCUGAUGUAAAUGAUUGGACCAACAUACGCAUUGUAAAAACUGCAUUUCAUCCCUCUAACUCUAUAGUUUUAACUGAUGAUGGAAAGAUAUAUACGUAUUACUUAACUCCACUCUAUGUUUCGAGGAAACAUUACAAAAUAAACCGCAGCUAUAUAAGACAAAAGAAUAUCGAAGGAAAGAUCACAUGCAUUGCUUGUGGCCACAAAUUUUAUGUAGUUAGUACUAAUAACGGUGAAGUGUAUGAAUGGGGUUUGAAUUCGAAAUAUAGUAUGCAUGAUCAUGUAACUGACCAUAAUUUUAUGACAAAUCCAUGUAAAGUGGUCGAACUCUCAGGCAAAACAAUCGUUAAAAUUGUUUGUGGACAUUUUCAUACACUUGCCCUCACCGAUAAAGGAGUGGUCUAUGCUUGGGGUGUUAACUACAAGAAACAAUUGAGUUCACUUCAUAAGAACAAAAUUAUAUCUCCUUUUAAGGUAAGUAUACCUAAUGUAAGAAAAAUGUCAGAUAUCGCCGUUAUAGAAUAUGCGAGCGUUUUCAGAUCUAGUAAAGAUCGACGUAUUUAUAUACGGGGUAAUCUGUUUGGAAAACCUAUUAAAGAAUUUGCCAUCUGCGAACACACCAAUAUAUUUGACAUAUGCAAUUCGGUAAUGGCCCAAUCACCAAUAUCCGUGACUCAUACAUUUACGGAUGAAGAAUAUGCUAUAUUGAACGAUUUAGAAGCGAUAUUUAACGACAGCGCAACAAGCGAUCUUAGAAUAGAAGUUGAGAAGAAAUCUAUUUAUGUUCACAAGAGUAUUCUGAAAAUCCGUUCAUCAUAUUACAAGACCAUGUUCCAGUUUAAUGAACAUGAAAACAGUCGAAGGUAA